AGUCACUUGCCUUUAUGAGUGGGGAGGAGAGGUUAUGAGAGGAGGACAAGGUUGAGAAUUAAAAGUCAACACCGCAGGAGUAAAGUGAAUAUUGGUCUGUGUCAGCACAGGCUGAAAGAACUUCUUCGCCAGCCUUAAGUGUUGUGUCUGUCAACACACCGCUACUGAAAACAGAAAAGUGAAUUUUAUCUCGGGACAACAACGGAAUUUAACAGGUUCAUAAUAUGUGAGUAACUUAAUAAGCUAAAAAGAAGAUGAAGCCUUUAUCUUUCACCUCAGACCGCUCACUGCUGCUGCUCGGCGUCGUCUGGAGUCUUCUCGUGGGUCCCACCGGCUCCGUUUCAUCAACACAAAGCCCAGGGUCAACAGCGACAGGGACAAAUCCAACAGAAAUAGAAACGACAAACACACCUCAAACUACUCAGAUGACAACCCCUUCAACAACGAUACGUCCCCCUGCUAAUGCAAAGGACUUUAAAUCAGUGGGACAAAAUGAGACCAGUGUCACCCUGCAGUGGAAAAAAGUAGAAAACAUCCUCACAUAUGUACUUGGGUCCAGUGACGGAGAAAUAGACGUCACUGCAGAAAUGGGAAAUGAAAUAGUUACACACGUAACUUCAGGACUCACCAAUGGGACAAAAUACAACUUCACUCUCUUCACCGUGUCUGGAAACGUCAGUAGCAGUGGAGUGACCAUCUCUGUAGUCACUGCUCCUCUUAAUGCAGCAGAGUUUAAAUCUAUCGGACAAAAUGAGACCAGUGUCACUCUGCAGUGGAAAAAAGUGGAAAACAUCCUCACAUAUGUACUUGGGUCCAGUGACGGAGAAAUAGACGUCACUGCAGAAAUGGGAAAUGAAAUAGUUACACACGUAACUUCAGGACUCACCAAUGGGACAAAAUACAACUUCACUCUCUUCACCGUGUUUGAAACCGUCAGAAGCAGUGGAGUGACCAUCUCUGCAUUCACUGCUCCUGCUAAUGCAAAGGACUUUAAAUCAGUGGGACAAAAUGAGACCAGUGUCACCCUGCAGUGGAAAAAAGUGGAAAACAUCCUCACAUAUGUACUUGGGUCCAGUGACGGAGAAAUAGACGUCACUGCAGAAAUGGGAAAUGAAAUAGUUACACACGUAACUUCAGGACUCACCAAUAGGACAAAAUACAACUUCACUCUCUUCACCGUGUCUGGAAACGUCAGUAGCAGUGGAGUGACCAUCUCUGUAUUCACUGCUCCUCUUAAUGCAGCAGAGUUUAAAUCUAUCGGACAAAAUGAGACCAGUGUCACCCUGCAGUGGAAAAAAGUGGAAAACAUCCUCACAUAUGUACUUGGGUCCAGUGACGGAGAAAUAGACGUCACUGCAGAAAUGGGAAAUGAAAUAGUUACACACGUAACUUCAGGACUCACCAAUGGGACAAAAUACAACUUCACUCUCUUCACCGUGUUUGAAACCGUCAGAAGCAGUGGAGUGAACCUCAUUGCAGUCACUGUUCCUCUAAAUGCUGACGGGUUUCAAUUCGUGGGACGAAAUGAGACCAGUAUCACUCUGCAGUGGAACAAAGUCAACGGCUCCGUCACAUAUACACUUGAGUCCAGCAAAGGAGGGAUAAACAUCACUGCAUCAGAGGGAGAUCAAACAGUGACACACACAAUCUCAGAUCUCAGCAGUGGAACUAAAUAUGAUUUCGUUCUAUUCACUGUGUUUGAAACCAUCAGGAGCAGUGGAGUGAACCUGACUGCAGUCACUGCUCCUCGUAAUGCAGAGGGGUUUAAAUCUGUUGGACAAAAUGAGACUAGUGUCACUCUGCAGUGGAACAAAGUCAACGGCUCCGUCACAUAUACACUUGUGUCCAGCAAAGGAGGGAUAAACAUCAAUGCAUCAGAGGGAGAUCAAACAGUGACAUACACGAUCUCAGGUCUCAGCAGUGGAACAAAACAUUAUUUCAGUCUCUUCACUGUGUUUGAAACCGUCAGGAGCAGUGGAGUGAGCCUAUCUGCAGUCACUGUUCCUCUAAAUGCUGACGAGUUUCAAUCAGUGGGACAAAAUGAGACCAGUAUCACUCUGCAGUGGAACAAAGUCAAUGGCUCCCUCCACUAUACACUUGUGUCCGGCAAUGAAGAGAUAAACAUCACUGCAUCAGAGGGAGAUCAACCAGUGACACACAUGAUCUCAGGUCUCAGAAGUGGAGCAAAAAAUUAUUUCAGUCUCUUCACUGUGUUUGAAAACUUCAGCAGCAGUGGAGUGAACCUCACUGCAUUCACUGUUCCACCUGCCGUGCCUCUUGUCAACGUGACUGAACGCUCUGUGACCAGUUUCGCUCUAAAGUGGCAGAAUGUGGAUAAAGACUGGAGCUACUCACUUCAGAUUAAUGGAGAUGAUGUGACAAUCACCCGAGAGUUAUCCUCAAAUGUUGUGUCACAUUCAGUCACAUCUCUGCAGCCUGGGACAGAGUAUUUAUUCAGCGUGAUCACAGUGUUCUCCGGCCUCAACAGCACUGCUUAUGAGGGCUUCACUGUAACAGCCAUAGACUGUACCAGUGUGGCCUGGCACGUUACCAACUCAUCGAUCCAAGGGAUGGUUCAAGGCUUGUUCUCGAAUGCAACUGCAAACGGAACUCACGUCAGUCCUGCAGGUGGCAAUGUGUCGUUUACUGACCUUUACCCUGGCGCAACCUACGAGGUGUCACUUGUGUACGAAAGACAUUCCACACUCUUUGAACAAUGUCGCCACAAUCUGACCGUCCUUCCUCCAAGUUUAAGCGGCCACUGUGAGUAUUCGGAAGCUGGCUAUUCCAUCCUUGUAGUCUGGGACAAACCAGACGGUGUUUGGACUGAGGUGGAGGUGAAAGUGAGCGGACAAACUCACAAGGUGCCUCAAAAUGGGGAACAGCAGACUAAGAUACCUGGAUUCAGUCCUGCCAGAGAGUAUGUGGUGUCUUUAGAUUCGGUCUCUGGGAAUCCAGCAGUGAGAAGUUAUGAACCCUUCGUCUUUCUGUGUUCUACUGAUCCAAGGGGAGUCAUUACCGGUUCCGUGCUUGGGGGGCUGCUUCUUAUUGCCCUGGUCUGCAUGGUUCUCUUAAUUUUGUUUAAACGGCCAGAUUUGAUCAGAAAACGCCAAUUCCGUAGUGGAUCCAAAGUAUCCCGUAAAAGCAACAGUACUAUAUCAGUAGCAGAGUUUCCCGGCCACUUCUUCCAUUUAAGUGAGGAUGACAACAAAGGCUUCAGCGAAGAAUAUGAGCACCUCCUACCUGUCGGCACAGAGCAGUCACAGAAAGCGGCGCUUGGACCUGACAAUCGAAAAAAGAAUCGUUUCAACAACGUGCUGUCAUACAACUGGAGUCGAGUGAAACUAACAACGUCAAAAUCCAAAGGGACCUCUGACUACAUUAAUGCCAAUUACAUACCAGGUUUCAACAAGAAAACUGAGUACAUCGCCACUCAGGGUCCUCUGCCCUCCACGGUCGGUGAUUUCUGGAGGAUGAUUUGGGAGCAAAAAGUGAAAGGCAUCGUCAUGGUAACCAACUGCGUCGAAUUAGGAAAGAACAAGUGUGAACAAUAUUGGCCUGCAGACAAGAAGCCUCGUCCCCACGGAGAACUCUUGAUCACCGUCAGAUCUGAGGACCGGGAUUCCGACUGGACAUUGAGGGAAUUUAGUGUGAAAAAUAUAAACACGUCGGAGGAGCGCACCGUGAGACAUUUCCACUUCACAGCCUGGCCCGACCACGGAGUCCCACACGGCACCAAAGACCUGAUCCAGUUCAGAGGACUGGUGAGACGGCACAUAGAGAGAGAAGGGACCGGAGCGCCAACCGUAGUUCACUGCAGUGCUGGGGUGGGGAGGACAGGCACCAUCAUCGCCCUGGAUGUGCUGCUUCAGCAGCUCGACCACAACAAGGCAGUGAACAUCAACAGCUUUGUGCACAAGAUGAGACUAAGUCGACCACACAUGGUGCAGACAGAGUCCCAGUACGUGUUCCUGCACCAAUGCAUCAUGGACAGUCUGCAGCAGCAGGAGAUGACGGAUGAAGAACCCAUAUACGAGAAUUCAGAAAUGAUAUACGUCAACGCCACUGCACUCAAAGAGUUUCGUUAACGCAAGAUAGACUUUUUUGCACUAAGAGAAUCCUAAAGUUAAUUUACUAUAUUUUGUUAUAAACUGUAAAUAUGAAGUGUUGAGAUAUAUAUGUACUAUACAUUCAUCACAAACCUUUUUGCUUGAAUUUCCCAAAUACUGUUAUUGUUGUUGUGUGACGAAGCAACUCUCCAGAAAAUCACAUUCUUUAAAAUGACAUUUAUUAACAAUAACAAAUGUAGGUAGAAAACAGUGUAUAUCCAUUUGUACAAGAAAUAAAAUGUUUUGUAGGAACAAA